AUGGAGGCGGAGGUCGAUAAACUGGAACUGAUGUUCCAGAAAGCUGAUUCUGAUUUGGAUUACAUUCAAUAUAGGCUGGAAUGUGAAAUCAAGACUAAUCACCCAGAUUCAGCAGGAGAGAGAAAUGCAGUUGCAAUUUUAAAGGAAUUAUCAGCAAUAAAGUCUCGAUAUCAAGCUUUGUGUGCACGCUUUAAGCCACUUUCUGUUGAGCAAAAAGACAGUAAGAGCCGCAUUUGUGCUACUCUGAGCAAGACAAUGACCAUGAUACAGGACUUACAAAAGCACACAGACCUGGAGCUAACUCCACUGACUGAAGAAGAGAAAGCUGUGACAGGGCAAUUAAAAUCUCACAUGCCAGACUUAUAA